GAAGAGCUCCAUUAAAGAUAUCUUAUAAUACAACAAUCAAGACGAAGCUAGCUAGGAAAGUAACAUUUCAAGAAGUUCAAGAAAAGCGUCCCAAGGUGUGGACAUUGUGGCAAUUUGCUGUCUGUGAACAUGGGGGCUUCCUUACAAACAUUUCCUCUUCAAGAUCCCCAGAUUCGAACAAGGACAGUGGGUCAUCUUCCAAAUCUAACAAUGUCACUGCUUUUGAGUCUGCUGAGCUUGAACCACCUAGAAUGCCUCCCAUCCGCCGAACUAAUUAUUUUCCUAUCGAUUGUGAACAAAAUGCAGCCCCAGAGAAGAGACAACGAGUUCCUUCAGCAUAUAACCGGUUCAUCAAGGAGGAAAUUCAAAGGAUUAAGGCUAGUAAUCCUGACAUCAGCCACAGGGAAGCUUUCAGCACAGCAGCAAAAAAUUGGGCACAUUUUCCUCACAUUCACUUUGGACUGAAGCUGGAUAGCAACAAGCAUGCUAAAUUAGACCACCAGUCAUUUGCAGGAGAGGGCACUCAAAAAACUAAUGAAUUGUACGAGAUCAAUGGUACCCUGAGAAAAAGUAAUGGAAAAGAGCUGUUGCCUGCGUCUGGGUCAGUAGAAGCAGAAACAGCAGAGAAGCAGGGGGAGGAGAGGAGAGAGAAAGAAAGGCCAGAUUUUAAUUUUUACCACGAACCAUCUGCCUCCCAACCACAAGGAAAGUGCUUUGACAAGGAAAGU